AUGAUAAAAGAAAAAGUGAUUUUAAGAAGUGAAGUUUAUCAUGUUUAUUCAUCUGAAUAAUAGGAAAGAAUGAAAGUGUAUUUUGAUUUAUCAGAAAGUAAUAAUAUUUAUAAUAGUAGAAUAUUAAAAUUGUUUGGAACCUUGUUAAAAGUUAGUUGAUGGUGAAAUUUGCAAAAAAAAUUGUGAAAAAGUAUUUGAUGAUUAUACUAAAUUACUUUAAUAUAGAUAUGAAGGAGAUAAAAAAUAAUUGAUUGAUGCAAAAGUAUGUUUUCACCUUAUGUAAAAUUGAGGUGUCUGGAUUACCCUCUUUUGAUAGUUUUAAAAGAAAAGAUAGAGGGUUGUUUUACAAAGUUUUUGGGUUUAACUUCAGCGAAUUUUGGGAACCUGAUUAAAGAUAAAUCAAAUAAAUCUGA